AUGGCCGAGCCUCGCCCUGGGGGAACCGCCUUGAUGAUCACGGUAACCCCUGUGCCAGAUUACGGCCGGAGCUACUGUCGCCGGUUCAUCGAUCGCAAGAAUAAACAUGGUGGUGGCUACAACAAUCUCGACGGCGAUGGCGGUGGUGGACACCCAGAUCAGCAUCUGCAACUGAAGCAGGAGCUAUCUUCCCAGGAUCAAUUGCCACCCCAUAAGUUUCCGGAAAAUGGUGGUGGCACCCUUGCCGUUGGCCUGGUGAUCAGUUUAACGAUGAUGUUCCGCAGCAGCACCACCACCAGUAACUGGAUCAAUGACCCUCGAGAGAUUUUCGUGAUAACCGUCAGUCGGAGAACGACCGUUGGCAGGAGCCUCCGGCCAACGGAGGUGGAGGUGAUGGGUGACUGUUCCUACACGGUUAAACCGACUAGAUGGCAUGCGCCCGGACAGUUCCGGAAAUACGGUCGCGUUCCUAGUUCCGAUCCCAAAUAAAAUGUACAAGCAUUACAUCACUCCACUGUCCCAGAAUCUUCCCUUCAACAGAUCGACAGUCGAUAGUAUGCUGGAGUGCUAAUAAUAAAAUUGUGAAAUUGUGCUUUGAAAUAUAAACUAAAGUCUAAAUUACUUGUAUUUGUUAAAUAAUGACAAAUUGCAAAAUAAAUUCAA